AUGUCUCGUUUUGAUCCUAUUAUUGAACUAACGGAUUGUUACAUAAAUCACAGCUCUCGGCGUAUUGUUGAAGAACAAGAGCAAGGAUGGGUAUCUGUUCUUGAACAGCAAGAGGAACAUGCAGAUGUUUAUGAAGAUCAAGAGCCCACCAAUAAAGAAAUUCAAGAAGUACUUGCUCAAUAUGCCCAAGACCAAGGCAUUCCAAGUGAAUUUUCUCUACCAAUGACACUGGCUCUGAUGAUUGUGCUUCGCAGAAUGGUUUUCUCUGCUUGCUUAGUAGAUUUAUCUCUGCUCUUUGGAAAGAGAAAGUCUACUCUCAGUGUCAUCUUCAAUGAAAUGAUAGAAAAGAUUUAUAUUAAGUUCUAUCCAGCCUUGAAGUUUGACUACUCACCGGCAAUGUACUGUGUUGGGUUUAUUGAUGGAACCUUCAGCAAGAUAGCAAGGCCCAUUCAAGGACAUGGUUUGAAGUACCAAGCAGUGGUAACACUCAAUAGUAUUACUUCAUUCAUUAUGAAGCCAGACAGUGGUAGGAAUCAUGACGUGUGCAUGUACCACAAAAGUCAAUUGGAUGUCAUGCUGUGCGUAGCAUUUGACUUUACAAACAUAAAUAGUCCAUGCUAUUACUUGUAUGGUGACCUGACAUAUACCGUAUCAGAUCAUAUAAUGAUCCCUUUCAGAAGACAAAUGGCUGAUGAGCAAGAACUUGCUAUCAACAAAAAGCACAAGUUUGCUCAUGUCGGGAGUCUGUGGGCUUUCUUAAAGUACUCACAGACCCAAAGAAGUGGUCAGUCCCCAGUAGGACUAUAUUAUAUUGUUGGAACGUUCUUGAAGAACCUCCAUGUGUAUUAG